CCGCGGUCGCACAACUGACAAGAAGAAAUGCUUAAACUAAUAGAAAUAAAUGGAAAAAAGUUUGUUAUGAACUUUGUGGCCACUGGCCCAGACACUGGCUUCCAGCUGCAGUGUCUCGACCAAGAGCGCGAGCAAAGCUACACAGAGUCAUUGGCCCCGAACGAUUUCACGAAGCGCUUGAAGACACUGAACGCCCGAGUGAAAUUCCCAGAAGAUGAUGUACGCGUGGUUCUGGUCAGUGGCGAUCCCACACAUACUUCGCUGAGCGAAGCAAACCAGGAGGGUGCCGGAUGCGUUCUGAAACUUAAAUAUAAACUGCUGAACAACAUGCCACUCAAGUGGGAGUGGCACCUGACACACAUGGAAAGAGCCUCGUUUUAUCGCAAGGUUUUCCUGGACUCCAUUUCGUGCGCCAGCAAAAUGCGGGAACAGGUCUUUGCGCUGACCAAGCAGCUGCAAGCAAAGGAUGAGGAGCUGAAGCAGUAUCGCAUCGAGGGCGCCCAGCUGCGCAGAGGAACGGUCGCCACCAAGUUGUUUGAUUUGGAGGCUUUCAAUGUAAUGAACGAACAGACGCUGGCAUACUCGGCUAACUAUCGUCAACUGACGGAAGCAUUGGACAUUAAAGAUUCUUCCAUAGCACAUUUCCAUGGGAAGACCGAAGCAUCGAAAGUGUCGGAUCCAACACGCAGCCCAGCCUCUCAUUCUUCGAAACCGACUCAAAAACUAAGUCCACGUAACAGGAAGCGCAAAGCAAUGGAGAGCAACAAAGAUCAUAUUGAACGUAAGGUGCUACGACGUCGUGCCCAAGGAAAACUCGAGUUCAAAGAGUCCCAAAGCACCCAAGAGGAGAUCGUUGGCGAUUUUAUUCCUUUACAUGAGGCAGAAGCAGCAGCCCACGUAAAGCAGGAGCCUUCUGUUGUAAAUGCGCAAAAUAUAAAUAAUCGCCCAGAUACAGAAGCAAACUUGGAGCAGGAGGAACCUCCCGUUGUUAAAGUACAAAACGUCAAGAAGGAAAUCGUAGAUCCUGCAUUAAAUCUCCCAGUAACAGCAGAAAAUGCUCUUUUAGUAGAAAGUAGAAAAGAUAGAAAUACAAAUCAAGAGGAGAGACGAUCCUGGCUUGAACGUGCCGCCGAAUGUGAAGCAUCCAUCUUUAAGCCAAAGUUUUCUGUUGACACUUUAAACAUGAUGGAUCUCGCUGCCACCGAACCUCCAGUUGCAGUUGCAAAAGAAAACUUGAUCCACUCGCCGAUUUACGACCUUGAUGCACAUGCAGCACCCUCUGGAUUGGCAUCAGUGUUGGGUUCAUUGAAAGAGAUGGAGAGCUUCAUCUCCAAGGCCAAAGACCAGUUUUAGCACAAAAGAACCAAAGGAAUACUAAAAACUAAGGUAAACACCUGUUACUACAAGUAAAACUUGUACUUAAUGUGAUAAUAAAUUUAUGGUACAUAA